AUGUUCCAAUUUAGGCUGUUCAAUACUGCGCUCACAGCUGUCUUCACAGUUGAAAGUAUUCUAAAAAUCUUGGCAUUUGGUGUUAGAAACUACUUCCGAGAUGGCUGGAACAGAUUUGACUUUGUUACAGUUGUUGGUUCUAUCACUGAUGCUUUGGUUACUGAGUUUGGGGGGCACUUUGUCUCGCUGGGAUUCCUGCGUCUGUUCCGCGCUGCUAGACUCAUCAGACUGCUGCAACAAGGUUACACGAUCCGCAUACUCCUGUGGACGUUCGUUCAGAGUUUCAAGGCCCUUCCCUACGUCUGCCUCCUGAUCGGUAUGCUGUUCUUCAUCUAUGCGAUUGUGGGAAUGCAGGUGUUUGGGAAUAUCUGGUUGAAUGCAGCUACAGAAAUCAACCGCCACAACAACUUUCAGUCGUUCUUCAACUCGGUGAUCCUCCUUUUCCGCUGCGCUACUGGAGAAGGCUGGCAGGAUAUCAUGAUGGCGUGCGGCGCACAAAAGGAGUGUGCUAGAGCUGGUAGUGACGAAAUCAACACCGAUAAGGGUCAAACAUGUGGCAGCAAUGUCAGUUACGCGUAUUUCACGUCCUUUGUCUUCCUCUCGUCGUUUCUAAUGCUGAAUCUUUUCGUUGCCGUCAUCAUGGAUAAUUUUGAUUACUUGACUAGAGAUUCGUCGAUCCUUGGUCCGCAUCAUCUGGACGAGUUCAUUCGCGUCUGGGCAGACUACGAUCCUGCGGCGACAGGUCGAAUUCAUUACACGGACAUGUACGACAUGCUACGAAAUAUCACCCCACCUGUCGGAUUUGGCCGAAAAUGCCCGUACCGGUUAGCUUACAAGCAUUUGGUACGCAUGAAUAUGCCGGUAGCAGAGGACGGGACGGUACACUUCACCACGACGCUCUUCGCCCUGAUUCGUGAGAGUCUUAGCAUCAAAAUGAGGCCAGUCGAGGAAAUGGACGAAGCUGACGAAGAGCUGAGACAGACAUUAAAGAAAAUCUGGCCACUGAAGGCGAAGAAAAACAUGAUUGAUCUAGUUGUGCCACCUAAUCAUGGUAAAUUAUCAAACGUGUACAUCUCGCAGCAAUAA